UUGUACUAUUUCCGGAUCGAACGGUUGUUUUACUAAUAUUACUGCAACAUUUUUUUAAUAUCUAAAUUUUAAAUACUGCGCAUAUUGUUGAGAUAUCAUUUUUUGAUUAUAUGCAAUGGCGUCUUUGAAAUCUAAGUGGGAAGAAAUCGCAAAUGCUCGAGCUAGAGAAAAGAAAACUCAUGUCAGCUUUCCGCAAUUGAAAUAUCCAUCUCUCAGGGAUUCUGGCAUGAGAGAUCCCGUCCAAUGGCUAACGGGUAAGGCAUUAGACGACGGAGCUGAAGGUCUAUGGCGAAUUCACGGCAAAUUGUACGAUGUUACAAAGUUCCUAAAUAAACAUCCUGGAGGAGAAGAAUGGCUGGAAUUAACAAAGGGUACUGAUAUAACAGAAGCUUUUGAAUCCCAUCAUUUAAAUCCGGCAACCGAAAAGAUUCUUGAGAAAUAUUAUGUUAGAGAUGCGAAAACACCACGUAAUUCUCCGUUCACCUUUAAAGAUGAUGGAUUUUACAGAACAUUAAAAAGAGAAGUUUAUAAAGAACUAUCAAAAGUCCCGAAACAUGUUUCAAGGACAGCCGAUUUAAUAACUGAUGGAUUAUUUUUAUCUCUUCUAUGUAGUUCUGCAUUGGCAUGUUGGGUUGUGAAUUCUUGGCUAGCUCAGUUGUGGUAUAUUAUCGCAUCUAUAUGUUUGGCAUUAUUGACUGUAGCUUGUCAUAACUUCAUCCACCGCAAAACUAACUGGAGAAUGUUUCUAUUCAAUCUCAGUAUGUGGUCAUACAGAGAUUUCAGAGUGUCGCACGUGUUAUCGCACCAUUUAUUCACAAACACCCUCAUGGAUCUUGAAAUCAGUUCUUUAGAACCAAUCCUGCAAUAUAAUCCCAGAAAAAAUAAGCCUGUAUAUGCUAGACUCGGUUUUAUUACUGAAUUUUUCUUUUUUCCGCUUAUUUUCUUUGCACUUUUUCUUAAAAGGUUUGUCUCUAUAUUUGUUAGAGAAGAAUUUUUAAAAAAACACUAUGGUUGGCAUGAUUGCCUUGGUUUUCUUUUACCAUUGUGGAUGUGGCUUAUUACCGGCAGUCCCAUAACAAAAGUUUUAUAUGUUUGGUUUUGGAUCAUAUGCACGGGAAGUCUGCUGUUUCAUUUAAUUGGAGUAAAUGCAGCUCAUCAUCAUCCAGAUGCUAUAAAGGACGGUGAUCAACCAAGAAACGAAACCCCUGACUGGGGUGAGCAUCAAGUGGAGGCACUUCUUGAUAGAAAGGACAUAAACAGCAAUACGUUUGCAGUAGUGACGCUUUUCGGCGAGCAUGCUCUCCACCACAUGUUCCCGACUCUCGACCACCUAGUACUUAAAUACUUACAUCCUCUUUUCUUACAGACAUGUGAUAAAUAUAAAGCCAAAUACAGAGUGUCGACACAAUUUGAAAUGGUACUCGGUCAGAUUAAGGAAACUAUGAGGACCGACUAUAAAAGCAUUGAUUGAUUGAAGUACUUCUUUUC